UUAAAAGUGUAGUUCAUGGGUUAAAAAUGAUGUUACUUGUAUGAUAUCGCAGUGGCAUUAGCAGGACUAGAGAUACAUACCGUGGUAACAUGUGCAGUGCGUUAAUAAUGAGGAAAAUUGGGUUUUGUAGUUCUCAAAAGGGUGUGAAAGUGUGGCACGCGUGUGUUGAUCUUCGGCUGAGGACCAUUCAGAGCUCAGCAGAGACACGGUCAACAGCACAGAAACAUCUUCCAUGAUCCAAACUUGGAGAUACUGCCGUGGUAGGAGCUGCCUUCACUCUGCAGCAUCCAAGACAACGUUUUAGGAUCUAGUCUGAAACUAUGGCAGGCCGAUCAUCACAAGAGCAUGAAAAGUUACUGAACGGAUCUAUUCCAAGGACAUCUAUCCAGUAUGGCUCACAGCAGGAACAUGGAGCAACAAAGCCAAACACUCACAAUUCAUGGGAUUAUACUGAAACAGACUCUUUGCUGUCAAAUGAACACUACGGCGGGCUGAGAAGAAGGAGCUCUAACACAGAAAUAGACACCGAUCACUCCAGUUUACAUGAGGAAUCGUUUUGUUCCAUGGUGCUGCAGAUUCUCGUGCCUUUCGUACUGGCCGGUCUCGGGACAGUCUCAGCUGGGAUGCUCCUGGAAGUGGUCCAAACUUGGGAUGUGUUUCUGGAAAUCACAGAGCUCCUCAUACUGGUGCCUGCAGUACUGGGAAUGAAAGGGAACCUGGAAAUGACUCUGGCCUCUAGACUCUCUACAGCUGUAAAUGCAGGAAAGAUUGAACUCCCAGGUGAAAAGUUGAUGCUGAUUACUGGGAAUCUUGCACUUAAACAGCUCCAAGCCACAGUGUUGGGUCUCUUAGCGUCGCUGAUGGCCACUUUGCUUGGCUGGAUGGCAGAGGGAAACAUGCCCUUGAACCAUAUGGUGAUUUUGGCUUCCACUAGUGUCACCACUGCAUUUAUAGCCUCUUUAGUCCAAGGUUUGAUUAUGGUCGGAGUGAUCAUUGGCUCAAAGCGGAUGGGACUUAACCCUGAUAAUAUUGCGACACCAAUGGCAGCCAGCUUUGGAGACAUCAUCACUCUGGCUUUACUGGCCUGCUUCAGUCAGUGGUUCUACACAGUUAUGGACCGGUCUCCAUUUGUGCUUUUUCUGGUGGACUUCGUGAUUGUCUGCCUGAUCCCUGUUUGGAUCAUCAUCUGCUCCAAACACCCGGACACUCUUCUUCUGCUGCGCACAGGCUGGGAGCCUAUCAUUACUGCAAUGGUCAUAAGCAGCAUCGGUGGUCUUAUUCUGGACAAAACUGUUGCAGAUCCAAAUUUGGCAGGGAUAAUCGUAUAUGCUCCAGUAAUCAAUGGCAUUGGAGGUAACCUGGUCUCCAUCCAGUCCAGUCGCAUCUCUACAAGUUUGCAUAUGAAGUACCCAAUGGGAGAGAUACCGGACGACCGAACUGGCUGCUAUAGUCCUUGUAGGGCUUUCUUUGGCUCAGGUUCAAAUCACCGCUCUGCUCAGGUUUUGCUUUCUUUGGUGAUACCUGGGCAGCUAAUUUUUUUGUUCAGCAUCCACGUAAUGAAAGGGGCGUACACGUUACCAAGUCCCCUUUUUACGAUUCUCUUCCUGUCUGCCUCAGUUAUUCAGGUUGUCCUCCUCCUGUGCAUAGCGGAGUACAUGGUCCACUGUUUAUGGCAAAGACAGAAGGACCCUGACAGUUACUCCAUACCGUACCUCACAGCGCUGGGGGAUCUGUUGGGCACUGGUCUGCUCUCUCUGGCUUUCGUCAUAUUGUGGUGUAGUGGAGACCCAGGCUCUAUCUAACAGCAGUUUUCCCUGU